AGUCGGAAAGUCCAGACACCACCAAAAGCAAAAAGGUUGUGUCCCACUCGCCAAAACUCUCGUACGAUCUUCUCUCUCUAAAACUCUCGCUCCCUCUCUUUCUCUCUCUUCAUGCAGACAUGAAAUUCCUUUCUAUCUCCAAACUGCCUCUCCUCCUCAAGCCCUUCGUCCUCUCCCUCCUCCUCUCCCUCUCCGUCCUCCUCCUCCUCGCCUCCCAGACCCCUCUCCACCGCCUCACCGCCGCCUCCCGCCACCCGCCCCCCUCCUCCUCCUCUUCCGGCGGUGGUGCCGGCAUCCGAAUCCGCCCCGGGUACCCCUCCUACGAGGCCUACAUCCAGCACCAGCUCAACAAGACGCUCAACCCCAACCUCCGCAAGAUCUGGACCACCCGCGACUGGGACCGCAAGGUCCGCGUCUUCGCCCGCUUCUUCGAGAGCCUGAAGAGCAGGAACCUCCUCUCCGACUCCUCCAGAUCGCUCUCCAUCGGGGCCAGGGUCGGCCAGGAGGUGGCGGCGCUGAAGCUGAUCGGCGUCAACGACUCGAUCGGGAUCGAUCUGGUGCCUCGCCCCCCGCUGGUGAUCGAGGGCGACUUCCACCGCCAGCCGUUCCCGAACGCCACGUUCGACUUCGAGUUCUCCAACGUGUUCGACCACGCCCUGUACCCGUGGAAGUUCGUCGGGGAGAUCGAGCGGACGCUAAAGCCCGGGGUCUGCGCGCUGCACGUGACGGUCAAGCACAGCACGGACAAGUACUCGGCCAACGACCUGUACAGCGUGGAUCCGCUGGUGGAGAUGUUCAAAGAGUCGGAGCUCGUGGAGACUAGGAGUAUCGACGGGUUUGGCCUCGACACUGAGGUCGUUUUCAGGAAGAAGGUCAAGAAGACGAAGCAAAAUCGCAGGUCAUGAAAUUCAUUCUUUACGCCCUCCUCCGUUACUUUUACUGUAUUUUCGUUCUAUAGAUUCGUUAUUCUUGAUCGUCUGGGGAAAAUUCACGCGACCCAGAUCGAAGAUAGAGAUUGUACACACGAAUUCGUGAUUGACAGAAUGAGGAAUUGUCUCUCUCUGUAA